AUGUCUGGUCUUCCAUCUUCUGUCAGUUUUGGUGAUGAGUAUGUUGUUUUAUAACGGUUUCUACGACAGUUUUUCGGGGUUUGAAUACUAACGAUCUAUAAUCAUUAGAGAUCCAACAUUAAUGCAAAAAUUAGUUCAAAAAUCAAAAGAACAACCAUUAGUACCUCUUGGUUCUAUAGCAACAGCAGGUGUCGUUGUUCUAGCUGCAAAAUCAAUGAAAAGAGGUGAAAAAUUAAAAACUCAAAAAUAUUUCAGAUAUAGAAUUGCUUUUCAAGCUAUUACUUUAGUUGCAUUAGUUGGAGGUGGAUUAUAUCUUGGUAGAGAAACAAAUGAAGAAUAUAAAAAAUCAAAAGAAGAUUUAUUAAGAGAAAAGGCAAAACAGAGAGAAAAAUUAUGGAUUGAAGAAUUAGAAAGAAGAAAUGAUAUAAUUCAACAAAGAAAGAAAAGAUUAGAACAAAGUCAAGCUGAACUAAGACAAUUAGCAAAACAAGGAUUUAUUGAAGAAGAACUAUUGGAAAAGAAAAUAAAAGAAGCUGAAAAAGAAGCUAAUAAAUAG